AACGACAACAUUUCAAUCGAAAACCCUGCAUUUCUUUGUUAUGUCUUUCUCGAAUCACCGCUUCCAUCUUUUCUACUCUUGUGCAUCCCUCGUUGCUUUCUUGGAGACAUCACAAUGAGCCAAAUACUGACCACUCGCCAAGCCGAGGAGCUGCACAAAGCCAUCUUCGCAUAUUUUUCAUCGAUAAACCUGCCGCAUGGUGCCUCUGUCCUCAGAGGAGAGCUGCAGAUCGGAGACAACUUCGAUGCCGCUCUCUCGGGCAAAUACGAAGGGUCCGAAGACUGCACCAUCAAAAUCUGGGACUGGGAGCUGGGCGAGCUGGAGAGGACUAUGAAGGGACAUACCAAAGCAGUGACCGACGUCGACUUCGGAGGACCGCGGGGUGCCAUCCUGCUGGCUUCCUGCUCGAAUGAUUUGACAAUCAAGCUGUGGGACCCUUCAGACGACUACAAGAACAUCCGAACGUUGCCUGGCCACGACCACAGUGUCAGUGCGGUCAGGUUCAUAUCUUCUGGAUCCGCGGGCAACCCAGGCUCAGGGAACCUGCUUGUUUCUGCCAGCCGUGAUAAGACACUGCGAAUAUGGGACGUUGCAACCGGCUACUGUGUCAAGACACUACAGGGCCAUACUGACUGGAUUCGUGAUGUUUAUCCGUCGCCGGACGGCCGCUUUCUUCUAUCGGCUGGCGACGACCGUACAGGGCGCGUGUGGGACAUUAGCACGGCGAACCUUGAGGCGAAAGUGACGCUCAUACACCACGAGCACGUUGUCACAUGUUGUACAUUCGCUCCACCCAACGCCCACGUACAUAUGGCGAAACUUGCUGGGCUAAGGAAACCGCCAGCAAAGAAUGCGGCCGAGUUCAUGGCAACAGGCAGCCGUGACAGGACAAUUUGUCUUUGGGACGCCAGAGGAAACUGCAUUAAGGUCCUGACUGGACACGACAAUUGGGUGCGGGCCGUUGUCUUCCACCCUGGUGGCAGGCACCUGCUAAGUGUAUCUGACGACAAGACACUACGAUGUUGGGAUCUCGCAGAGGAGGGCAGAUGUGUUCAACUCGACGAUGCGCACACUCAGUUCGUUUCGUGCUUGCGAUGGGCACCAUGCAUUUCUCGCGAGGUGGCAACAGACAGCGACGCGCAGGACGCCAACAACAGUACAUGA